AUGGUGGAGAAAUCACGAGGACAGGGUCACUUCGAGGGCCACUUCUUUUGCCCUAAGACAGACACCAACAGUUUUAUACACAGAAAACAAUUCAUUCUACUGACAGUCUCACUCCUGUUGCAUCGUGCUGUCCCAGCCUCCAUAUCUCACCGCGUUCUGCCUUCUCCUUUCCAGGAAGCCCAAUGUGCGUACACACUCUUCGUUAUUGGCAUACUUUGGCUCACGGAAGCUCUGCCUCUGUCGGUCACUGCUUUGCUGCCGGCCUUAAUGUUCCCCUUGUUUGGGAUCAUGCCCUCGAAAAAGGUGGCCUCUGCCUAUUUCAAAGAUUUUCACCUACUGUUAAUUGGAGUUAUCUGUUUAGCAACAUCCAUUGAGAAAUGGAAUUUGCACAAAAGAAUUGCCCUGAGAAUGGUGAUGAUGGUGGGUGUGGAUCCAGCAUGGCUCACGCUGGGUUUCAUGAGCAGCACGGCCUUCCUGUCUAUGUGGCUCAGCAACACCUCUACCGCCGCCAUGGUGAUGCCCAUCGUAGAGGCGGUGGCACAGCAGAUCAUCAAAGCGGAGGCCGAGGUCGAGGCCACUCAGAUGACUUACUUCAAUGGCGUGAUCAACCAUGGACUGGAAACCGAUGAAAGUGUUACUGGACAGGAAACAAAUGAAAAGACAGAGAAAACAAAACCAGUUCCAGGAUACUGUACUGAUGCAGGGAAAAAUUCAAGCAAGCUGGAAUUGGAAAAGGUCUCAGCUGCAGGAACCAGAUACAGAACGAAGAGGGACCACAUGCUGUGCAAACUGAUGUGCUUAUGCAUCGCUUACUCCUCCACCAUCGGCGGCCUGACCACCAUCACCGGCACCUCCACCAACCUGAUCUUCGCGGAGCAUUUCAAUACGCGCUAUCCAGAUUGCCAGUGCAUCAACUUUGGAUCCUGGUUUAUAUUUUCCUUCCCAGUUGCGAUUAUUAUGCUCAUCCUGUCUUGGAUCUGGCUUCAGUGGCUUUACCUAGGAUUCAAUUUAAAGGAGAUGUUCAAGUGUGGCAAAACGAAAACUGUCAGAGAAAAAGCUUGUGCCGAAGUGAUUAAACAAGAAUAUAGGAAACUCGGGCCCAUGAGGUAUCAAGAAAUUGUGACCCUGAUCCUCUUCACUGCGAUGGCUCUGCUGUGGUUCAGCCGAGACCCUGGGUUCGCUUCGGGCUGGUCUAAGCUUUUCUCAGGGUACCAAGGGUUUGUUACAGAUUCCACAGUUGCCUUAGUUGUGGGACUCUUGUUUUUCAUUAUCCCAGCUAAGAAAUUGACGAAAACCGCACCCACGGGAGAAAUAGUUGCUUUUGAUUACUCUCCACUGAUUACUUGGAAAGAAUUCCAGUCAUUCAUGCCCUGGGACAUAGCCAUUCUUGUUGGUGGAGGAUUUGCCCUGGCAGAUGGCUGUGAGGAAUCAGGACUCUCUGCGUGGAUAGGAAAUCAAUUAUCUCCUCUUGGUUCCUUACCUGUAUGGCUAAUAAUUCUGAUAUCUUCUUUGAUGGUCACGUCUCUCACAGAGGUGGCUAGCAAUCCAGCUACCAUUACCCUCCUCCUCCCAAUAUUGUCUCCACUGGCUGAAGGCAUUCAGGUGAAUCCUCUUUAUAUUUUGAUACCUUCAACUCUGUGUACUUCAUUUGCAUUCCUCCUGCCGGUAGCAAAUCCAUCCAAUGCUAUUGUUUUUUCAUACGGUCAUCUGAAAACCAUUGAUAUGGUUAAAGCUGGACUUGGUGUGAACAUCGUGGGUGUUGCUGUGGUGAUGCUUGGCAUGUUCACCUGGAUUGUGCCUAUGUUUGACCUCCACACUUAUCCUUCUUGGGCACCUGCAUUAGGCAACCAGACUAUUAUGCCAUGA